AUGGCGUCAAACACAAGCGAGCAACUUAGUGAGCUGUUAUCAGAGGAGAAACUAGUUGAAAUAUCAGCCGGAUUACCCCUGUUUAUAUGAUGUGAGGUCAGCAGAGUUUAAAGACAGAGAUCGCCGACAACAAGCCAUGGAGGAAAUUGCUCGAAAAAUUGCUCAAACGGUUUGUAAAUUAACAUUUUGAUUUUAUAAUUCAUACUGAACACGAAGUCGAUAUGAACAUUUCGAUAAUUUCGGAAUAUCAUACAUCACGGCACAUUGAAAUAUAGUCAUAAUUUAAUAUAUUUCUUAUGUUUUCUUACAACAGUCGAUUGGGUUAAAAGUAAACUUAGACAACUGAGAAACAGCUUUACAAAAGCAAGGAAACCACCGCCGUCAGGCAGUGCAAGGCGAAACCCAACAAAACGAACAUCCUGGAUUCUUGAUAUACUUCAAUUUUUAGACGCAUAUGUUGCUAGCAGACCAACAACAUCUAACAUGGAAGUGGUAUGCCUGUUUUUAAACUAGUUAAAAUACAUAUGAUAUAAACAUGAUGAACCAUAAUUGCAUAUAUAAACAUGUUUUUCUUAUAUAAAGGUUUAUUUAUGAUACAUGUUUUUAAAGACUGCACAUGUAGUCUUGCCAUGGAACAGAGCCAUUUUCGGACACGAAAUAAUUUGUCAAUUGUACUCGCUGUUCCUUUUCACUCUUUGACGAAUUUCUAACUGAUGUUGUUUGUAUUCCAUACAAUUGUGUAUCUCUUCUCCAUUGACCAGGCGUGAACUGCUGAUUAUCGGUGUCUUCAAUAUCUUGACAGCUUGUGUAGUUGCUCAUGUUGUUUGCAACCAUAAAAUUGUGCAGACAACAGGUUGCAAGAAUAAUGUCAUUCACUUUUUCAUGUCUGAGGUUGAUAGUUGUGAGAAACACUCUAAAUCGAUUUGCCAAGAUGCCAAAUGCAUUUUCAACCACUCUUCUUGCUCUUGAUAAUCGGUAAUUAAACAUUCGCUUUGGUUUAUCUAGUUUUCUGUGUGGAUAAGCCCUCGAUAGUUUCUGGUGGUGGAAGAUUUAGUGUUUUAUUUGCCAGAGCUUUCUUUAAAGAACAAUCUGCGAACACACCUGCAUCUCCUGCCCGUCCAGUAGCUCCAACAUUCACAUAUAAGAACUUGUAGUUGGCAUCGACCAGCGCAAGAAGAAGGACACUAAAGAAGUGUUUAUAAUUAAAAAAUUCUGAACCGCUAUCUGUAGGUUGUUGAAUUGCUAUGUGCUUUCCAUCUAAUGCCCCAAUACAACAGGGAUAAUUCCACUGUGCUUGGAACUCAUCAGCAAUUUUUGGCCACUCUUCUUCUGUUGAUGGGGCCUAUUAAAAUAGUUUGAUAUUUGCUUUAGGUCUUCUUUUAUUUUGCAAAAAAAUAAAUCAUAGCACUUCAUGUUGUGUGCAAGAUUAGCUGUAACUAGAUAACAAGGCUGACAAGAAGCCCAGGAGAGGGGGGGGGGGUUAGGGCAAAAUACCCUACGAGUGCUCAGAGGGCCUGCUUUUGCCAGUCUUGUUAGAUAAUCUGUAUAUGUAUGAUACCUCACCAUACACAUUUGAGAAAUAAAGUUUUGACUGUAUACCUAAUUAGUAAAUCUCAAGUUCUUUAUUUUGGCAAAAGUAUAUCAAAGUUGUUUCAAAUUGUAUUAAUGUAUUUUUAGAAACUAUUUAUUCAAUAAGCUGCAUUUUAAUUCUUUAUUAGGCAGAUCCUAUAACACCGACUGAUGUAGCUGACAGUGAUAAUGAUGAGAGUGGUGACAUUUUGGCAGAUCUUGAUCCAGAUGGUGAUGAUGAUAAUUUGCUUGAUGAUGUAAAUGAUACAACCACAGCUAGGCCAACAAAGCUACCUCUAAAAUCAAGACCUAAAUCCAUGAAAAAGAAACUACAAGAGGAAGAAUUUGAAGUCAUGAAGGGAUUGGCCUCUUCGAUUGCUCAAAAUAAUAAGGAAAAGAAAAAGGCUAAACCUGAAGGAGGAGAGUCUGAAGCCUUUGGAAAUUUUGUAAUAGAGUCUAUAAAAAAGCUAGACCCUACAAUGCAGCACAUUGUGCAGUAUCAUAUAAAUGAUAUUUUGUUUCAGGCCCAAAUGGGAAUGUUGGGGCAGGGUCAAACCCAAAUGUCUGGUGCCAAACAGCAAAGUAGCCGUCAAGUACAGCAGUUCUCUCCUUGGUUGAACCAUGAUGAAAACAUACUUAAUUCCUGA